CCGUUGGAGCGAAGGAGGCGUCGGAAGAAACCAGCAAGGACAAUGCAGAAACAAUAUUAACUGAAUUGUCCGCGCCUUGAUGCUCUGUUGUCUUUUCCGACUCCGAAAGCCACACGCCCCAGCCAUCAUCAUCAUCAAAUCAACAGAAGCUUCUUCAUCUUUUGUUUUCCUUUAACUUUAAGCUAUCACUAAUCAGAUCUCCAUUCUUUUUUCUCUAUUUAUUGUUUCUUCCCCCAACCUUUUGGCAUGCUCGCCUCCAAUUCUGGUUCGGUGCUCCCUACUAAAGCCCCUUUACUUCCUCGCAACCCCUGUCUUUUCCGCUUUGGCACUGCUUUCUUGGAUCCACGGGCUCGAUCCAGACCCACCGUCCUUGCUACGCAUAAGCUUUCCCUCAAUUUGAUCAGAAUGGAAGUGCUCCGGCGAUUAGGCGGAGGUUGCUUCAAGAACCCCAACGACAAGGGUUUAAAGGUGGAGGCUGAUAGUGGUGGGGAGGAUUUCUUCGAUGUUUCCGCAGGCGUGUCUAAGCCAGCCUGCGAGCACCUUGUAAUCAUGGUUAAUGGGAUAAUUGGGAGUCCUGCAGAUUGGCGUUAUGCAGCAGAGCAGUUUGUGACGAAGCUUCCAGAUAAAGUUAUUGUUCACCGCAGUGAAUGCAACUCUUCAAGAUUGACAUUUGAUGGUGUUGACAAGAUGGGUGAGAGGCUAGCUGAAGAGGUACGGUCUGUUGUUAGACGUUGGCCAGAGGUGCGAAAGAUCUCCUUUGUGGCUCAUUCUUUGGGGGGUUUGGUGGCCAGAUAUGCUAUUGGGAGACUUUAUGACUAUUCUUCAACAUCGAGGCCUGUAGGUACAAGUGCAACCAGAAAUGACUUUGGUGAAGAGCAAGCAGAAUAUUCAAAACAAUGUCUUGAGCAAUGUUACGAGGCCACAAUUGCUGGUUUGGAGCCAAUGAACUUUAUAACAUUUGCAACGCCACAUCUUGGUUCAAGAGGACAUAGACAGCUUCCCUUUCUUUGUGGCCUUCCUUUCCUUGAGAGAAGAGCAUCCCAAACUGCACAUAUAGUUGCAGGGAGAUCUGGGAAGCAUCUCUUCCUUGUGGAUAAUGAUGAUGGAAAGCCUCCUCUUCUCCUGCGUAUGGCUGGCGAUUCUGAUGACGUAAAGUUCAUAUCAGCUUUACGUGCAUUUAAGCGCCGUGUGGCAUAUGCAAAUGCAAAUUAUGAUCAUAUGGUUGGAUGGCGUACAUCAUCAAUUCGGCGUCAACAUGAACUUCCAAAGGCCAAUCUGCUUGUAGUAGAUGAGAAAUACCCUCAUAUUGUAUAUAUUGAAGGGGAGACUGUUAAAGACGAUCACAAUCCCAAUAAAGCAUCUUCUGCUAUCAAUGACCAAUCAACUGACUUGGAAGAGGAGAUGAUAAGGGGUCUCACUCAAGUACCAUGGGAGCGUGUAGAUGUUAGCUUCCAAAAGAGUAGACAACGUUAUAUAGCUCACAGUACAAUCCAGGUGAAAACCUACUGGUUGAAUUCAGAUGGCGCUGAUGUGGUUUUUCACAUGAUAGAUAAUUUCCUUCUUUAGCUCCUGACAAGUUUGCUGUCACUAAGUCUGUGAUCUGAAAAUUGGGUGGAUGUAUUUAAUUAGUUUUCCCCCCUCUUGGUCUGCUUUGGAGCAGAUGAAGAUGAUUUGUUGUAUACCAGAUCAUGGUGGUUAAUACCUCAGCCUCAUCUGAGUGUACUUUUGUGCAUUAGUACCCAUUCUUAACUAUGGUUAUGUAUCCGCGUCAUUGGACGUCGGUACAUGGAAAAGCUGUCAUGCAAUCCUUUUUAUUCGAUGCUUUUCUUGUCUACAUAUUCCA